AUGACCCGAAACGAAAAGCCUCUCCCGAACGUCCAUGGUUUGCACGAUGGACCUGUCCCACGUCCAAAGAGGAAGAAUCCGAGUGACGAGAAGCCGAAGCCAAAACCACCACCACGAGUGAUCGAUGGCGUAAUCCGCACGAGUGUGGACGAGACUACGGGUACAUCCAGGGGUCGGACUCUCCAGGAGCAUCAUGAUGCAAAACGCUCACUCAGCCAUCCUCUCGCGCCCGACCGAAGGAAGCGCGAACCAAGUGAAACAACUCUCCACGGUCCCGAACCAGCAGCCAUGGGAGAGACGAGCGAGACCAGGAAUCAAGAGAUCAGCCCUGUGGAGCCUGUGAAGAAACACAACCCAGCUGAGCUUGUGUCCACGCCCAAGGCUGACCCCAAUCCCAAGCCCAAGUUGAGGGCAAGAAAGACUGCCACCCGCAACGAUGACUCCUUUGUCGACGACGAUGCAGAAGAGUCCAAAGGCGGCAAGAAAAUAAUACAAGCCACUGUUGAAGACGAUGACGAAGAAGAAGGCGAGCCGAUUGGCCCGAUUCCAGCGAAACCAGUCAAGACGAGUUCAGUGAAAGCCAUUCCCACCAGUGAAUCUGCGAAGCCAGCAACGAAUCGAACUACCAGAAGCCAGUCCGUCCACGGUAACAAAGAUACUGGCUCAGAGGCUGCUAACAAGGCUACCCGCACCGGCAAAGCACCCGUCAGCCAACAGAAAGCUGCUGCACCAGCUGCAGGCUCAAGUAAGCGUGGGGCGUCUGUUGUUGUAAGAGCUCCAGCAGAAGAUCAGGACGAGGAUCAACGCGAGGAAGAGGAAAACGAAGAGCCGAAGCGAAAGAGAGCCAGGAAGUCCAUUGAUCCUCCAAUGAUCACUGUGGAGGGUGGAAUCGAUCUCCAUGGUCGGUGGGCGAUUCGUCGUUACGAGGUGGUCGCGUCUGAAGAGAGGCUUGAGCUUGUGAGGUCAAGAGAUCGUCAAGAGAGUGCGUGA